UUUUUUUUUUUUUUUUUUUUAGUGGNCGCACUCGUAAUCUCUUCCACAAAACUGUGACAAAGAAGAGAUCAGUGAUUGAUUACUCGAUGAACGUUCUAGAAAACGAAGAGAAGCCCGAGAACGAACACGUGGUUGAAUCGGCUAUGUCAUCGGCGGCGGCGAUUGAUGGAGUUGCGGCUUUGAGAUCGGUGUUUCAGCGAGUAAACCAAGCGGCGGAGAAAGCGGGUCGUGUGUCGGAUCGGAUACGGGUCGUAGCGGUGAGCAAGACGAAACCAGUUUCUCUGAUUCGUCAAGUCUACGACGCUGGUCAUAGGUCUUUUGGUGAGAACUAUGUGCAAGAGGUCAUCGAGAAGGCGCCUCAGCUUCCAGAAGAUAUAGAGUGGCAUUUCAUUGGGAAUUUGCAGAGCAACAAAGUGAAACCUUUACUAACUGGAGUGCCUAACCUUGUGAUGGUGGAAAGUGUUGAUGAUGAAAAGAUUGCAAAUACGCUUGAUCGUGUGGCUGGAAACAUCGGAAGAAAGCCCUUGAAGGUCUUGGUCCAAGUGAAUACAAGUGGCGAAGAGUCUAAAUUCGGCGUGGAACCCUCAGGAUGCGUAAGACUGGCGAAACACGUGAAGGAAGCAUGCUCCAAUCUCGAGUUUUCUGGGUUGAUGACUAUAGGGAUGGCUGAUUACACUUCAACCCCAGAGAAUUUCAAGUUGCUUGCGAAAUGCAGAAGUGAAGUGUGUAAGGAGCUUGGAAUACCGGAGGAGCAGUGUGAGCUAUCUAUGGGGAUGUCUGGUGACUUUGAGUUAGCCAUUGAACUGGGAAGCACAAAUGUGAGAAUAGGGUCUACAAUUUUUGGGGCGAGAGAGUAUCCUAAGAAGAAAUGAAGUAAACUGGCGGGUGCUGAGAUUGAUUUUUAAGUCUGAACAAGAGCGUGAGGUUUUUAAUGGUAAAAGUGUCUUUUUAAUUUGUAUACGCAUUGUAUUUGCUCUGCUUUUGCUUGUGACUACAUUACAAAACAACAUCUUGUCCUUGCUAUUAUUGAUUCGACUAAACCCGUAAUAUUUUUUUUUAUUUUUUUUAUUA